UCCCGGGGAUGUGACAGCCGCGGGGAGGGCUGGGGCGCCGGCUGAACGCCGCCCACGUGCGAGGACCCGGGCAAGGGGCUCAGCGCCCAGGCCGCCCGGGCGGCCGCCCAGUCCCCCGCGAGCGGAGCCGAGCGUGUCCGGAGCCGCCGGCGCAGGAGAAGCAAAGUUCCCGGUGCGUCCCCGAGGCCGCCGUCCGGCCUGCGCGCGGCUGUCCGCUCCCCGCGGAGGCGAUGGCUUCCAAACUCCUGCGCGCCGUCAUCCUCGGGCCGCCCGGCUCCGGCAAGGGCACCGUGUGCCAGCGCAUCGCCCAGAACUUCGGCCUGCAGCAUCUCUCCAGCGGCCGCUUCUUGCGGGAGAACAUCAAAGCCAAAACCGAAGUUGGUGAUGUGGCAAAGCAGUUCAUAGAGAAAGGCCGCUUGGUUCCAGACCACGUGAUCACACGCAUGAUGCUGUCGGAGCUGGAGAACCGACAGGAUCAGCACUGGCUGCUAGAUGGUUUUCCCAUGACAUUAGUUCAGGCUGAAGCCCUAGACAGAAUCUGUGACCUGGACCUCGUGAUCACUCUGAACAUUCCAUUUGAAACACUCAGAGAUCGUCUCAGCCGACGUUGGAUUCACCCUCCUAGCGGGAGGGUGUAUAACCUGGACUUCAACCCACCUCUCGUGCACGGGGUUGAUGAUGUCACCGGUGAACGGCUGGUCCAGCAGGAGGACGAUAAGCCGGAAGCAGUCAAUGUCAGGCUAAGACAAUACAAAGAGGUGGCCAAGCCUGUGGUUAAUCUAUACAAGUCCCGAGGAGUGCUCCACCAGUUUUCUGGAACGGACACUGACAAAAUCUGGCCCUGUGUUUACACGGUUUUCUCGAACAAGAUCACACCCAUUCAGUCCAGAGAAGCAUGCUGAGCCUGGCCAGGGGAAGAACUCGGAAGAUGUGAUUUCUCCCCACAGGUGUUUCUGUUGUAUGUGUAGUGUGGUCCCCAGUAGAAGCCAGCUGACAUAGCUUGCAGUAUCUUUUCUAGUUUAAAGGAUGAACUGAUGUGAAGACUGACGAGUGAAAGGAGGCCACGGAGAGGCUGUCCUCUGCCCUUUGGGAAGAAGGGUCGCCUGCACACGUUGAAGAUGCCUCUGCACCCGCCCAGCAAGCCCUUCGCAAGGAAACAAGGACAGGCUGGAUUUCAAAUGCUGUAUAACCCAAGCUCUAGCUGAUUUCUGACCUUCAUGUUGCCAUAGUGGCAGCCUUUUUACAUGUGGUGGUGGUGGUCUCUUGGUUCUCCCCCACCCCCUAAUGGCUGUUGAACCAUAGCACCAGUGGCCUGAGAAUGGCCAGAGCUGUAGGCCAGGCUUUGUCCACGUUCGCUGGUAGAUCCUCCCCUGGAGACAAGGAGGUUGAAGCCAACUGCUCGCAGUGGUCGCUUCUCUGACUUUGAGUGACUGUACCCACAACUCAUUUUAUUUUUUAUUUUUUGGUUAAGAGAGGCAUCUCCUUUGCAUCCAUGCUCCCUAGAAGCUCUGCUCUUCAGACAUCCUGGAAUGAAAGGAUUUGGCUCCUGCUAUUUUUAUUAGAUGGUUGCCUCCCCUCCCUUUCUCCCUUCAGAUACUUACUGCUUUUAGCCCGCCGAGAUUCCUUUGUAAGAGCGGAGAGCAAGGGGAUGAUGUCAGAUCACCUGAUGCACCAGAACUGAGCUCUUUGAGGGUCUACUUUACACUGCUGAUCUGACUCGCAUGGGAGGGCACUGUUCCUUUUUUGGCGGGGGGGAAGGAAGGGGGUGAUAGUCCUUAUAAAUCCUCAAAGUAAGAAAUACUCAUCUACAUAAAUGUUAAAAGAUCAUAUCUAUGUACUAGAUGUAAUUAAGACCAUAGGGAGUUACUGGACUAAAAGAAUUGUUUACUUUUUAUUCAAGAUUUAAGAAAAAAAGUAUUUUGAAAAUGCUGCUAAAUGUUGACGCCGACCGUGUUUUUCUCCCGUGAGUGAGGUGUUGGCGAAGGGAGUGGAGCCUGUGGGGUUGCCGGAGCACGUUGCACUAGCUGUGCCUAGACUAAGGACGACAGCUUUACAAUGACGAGAAGACAAAAUCUUAAUUUUUUUUCUAUUCCAAAGAUUCUAUAGGGUGGCCAUAAAGUCUAAAAAGACAGACAACACUAUUUUGUCAUUCGCUGUAAUAUAACAUCAAUAAAUCACUUGUUAAUGCUU